UCUAUUCUGAAGUUUUGUAGAGAGCCUAGGAUAUGGUUCUACGGGAUGACUUCCGACAAAAUCCAUCAGAUGUAAUGGUAGCUGUGGGUGAACCUGCUGUGAUGGAAUGUCAGCCUCCAAGAGGUCACCCAGAACCCACUAUAUCAUGGAAGAAAGAUGGGACUCCUCUAGAUGACAAAGACGAGAGAAUUACAAUCAGAGGUGGAAAGCUUAUGAUCACAUACACAAGAAAGAACGAUGCUGGCAAGUAUGUUUGUGUUGGAACAAACAUGGUUGGAGAACGUGAAAGCGAAGUUGCAGAGCUCACUGUUUUAGAAAGACCAUCUUUUGUGAAGAGACCAAGUAAUUUGGCUGUAACUGUGGAUGACAGCGCUGAGUUUAAAUGUGAGGCAAGAGGUGACCCAGUCCCUACAGUAAGAUGGAGGAAAGAUGAUGGGGAAUUACCAAAAGCAAGGUAUGAAAUCCGUGACGAUCAUACCCUGAAAAUCCGGAAGGUUAUAGCAGGAGACAUGGGCUCAUAUACUUGUGUAGCAGAAAAUAUGGUAGGAAAAGCUGAAGCAUCGGCAACUCUAACAGUGCAAGUUGUGUCUGAGCCUCCACAGUUUGUCGUAAAGCCUCGUGAUCAGGUAGCUGCAUUGGGAAGAACAGUGACUUUCCAGUGUGAAGCAACUGGGAACCCUCAGCCAGCCAUCUUUUGGCGGAGGGAGGGGAGUCAGAAUCUGCUUUUUUCAUACCAGCCCCCUCAGUCAUCCAGCCGAUUUUCAGUGUCACAGACAGGAGACCUCACCAUCACCAAUGUCCAGAGAUCUGAUGUUGGAUACUACAUCUGCCAGACUUUAAACGUUGCAGGAAGCAUCAUAACAAAAGCCUACUUGGAAGUUACUGAUGUGAUUGCAGACCGGCCUCCCCCUGUCAUUCGACAGGGUCCUGUGAAUCAGACUGUAGCUGUAGACGGUAUUUUAGUACUAAACUGUGUGGCCACAGGCACUUUAACACCUACUAUCCUCUGGAAAAAGGAUGGGACCCUGAUCUCUACCCAGGACUCUCGCAUCAAGCAGUUGGAGACAGGAGCAUUACAGAUCCGAUAUGCCAAGCUGGGUGACACUGGUCGGUACACCUGCGUUGCUUCAACCCCAAGUGGCGAAGCUACAUGGAGUGCUUACAUAGAGGUCCAAGAAUUUGGAGUCCCAGUGCAGCCACCAAGACCGACUGACCCAAACUUGAUUCCUAGUGCUCCAUCAAAACCCGAGGUUACAGAUGUCAGCAGAAAUACAGUAACAUUGUCAUGGCAACCUAAUUUGAAUUCAGGUGCAACGCCAACCUCUUACAUAAUUGAGGCCUUCAGUCAUGCAUCUGGAAGCAGCUGGCAAACUGUAGCUGAAAAUGUGAAAACAGAGAGUUUUGCAGUUAAGGGGCUAAAGCCUAGUGCAAUUUAUCUAUUCCUUGUGAGGGCAGCUAAUGCGUAUGGAUUAAGUGACCCAAGCCAAAUAUCUGAUCCAGUGAAAACUCAAGAUGUUCCACCAACAAGUCAAGGUGUGGAUCACAAGCAGGUGCAGAGAGAGCUAGGUGAUGUCGUACUACAUCUGCACAACCCUACUAUCCUUUCUUCCUCCUCGAUUGAAGUUCAUUGGACAGUGGACCAGCAAUCCCAGUAUAUUCAAGGAUAUAAAAUCCUUUACCGGCCAACACCAGCAUCCUAUGGAGAGUCAGAAUGGUUAAUUUUUGAAGUGAGGACUCCAACCAAAAACAGCGUUAUCAUUCCAGAGCUGAAGAAAGGUGUAAACUAUGAAAUCAAGGCCCGCCCUUUUUUUAAUGAGUUUCAAGGAGCAGAUAGUGAAGUGAAAUUUGCAAAAACCCUAGAAGAAGCGCCCAGUGCUCCACCUCAGAGUGUUUCAGUAACUAAAAAUGAUGGGAAUGGGACUGCAAUCGUAGUCACCUGGCAGCCACCCCCCGAGGAUAACCAGAAUGGAAUGGUUCAAGAAUAUAAGGUUUGGUGCCUUGGCAAUGAAAGUCGAUACCACAUAAACAAGACGGUAGAUGGUUCCACCUUUUCUGUUGUCAUCCCUUCCCUAGUACCAGGUAUUCGAUACAGCGUGGAAGUGGCAGCAAGUACUGGAGCAGGACCUGGAGUGAAAAGUGAUCCCCAGUUUAUCCAGUUAGAUUCGCAUGGAAAUCCUGUAUCUUCAGAAGAUCAAGUCAGUUUAGCCCAGCAGAUCUCUGACGUAGUAAAACAGCCUGCCUUUAUCGCUGGAAUCGGUGCAGCCUGUUGGAUUAUCCUCAUGGUCUUCAGCAUCUGGUUGUAUCGCCACAGGAAGAAGCGAAAUGGACUCACUAGUACUUAUGCUGGUAUCAGAAAAGUCCCGUCUUUUACCUUCACACCAACAGUAACCUAUCAGAGAGGAGGAGAUGCCGUAAGCAGUGGAGGCAGGCCAGGACUCCUGAACAUCAGUGAACCAGCCACGCAGCCCUGGCUAGCAGAUACUUGGCCUAACACAGGGAACAAUCACAAUGACUGCUCCAUCAACUGCUGCACCUCUGGCAACGGAAACAGUGAUGGCAACCUUACAACAUACAGUCGACCAGCCGAUUGUAUAGCAAAUUACAACAAUCAGCUGGACAACAAGCAGACAAACCUGAUGUUGCCUGAGUCAACUGUAUAUGGUGACGUGGACCUAAGCAACAAAAUCAAUGAGAUGAAAACCUUCAAUAGUCCAAAUCUAAAGGAUGGAAGAUUUGUCAGCCAACCCGGGCAGCCCACUCCUUAUGCCACCACUCAACUCAUCCAGUCAAAUAUCAGCAAUAAUGUUAACAAUGGCAGCGGGGAUACGAAUGAGAAACACUGGAAACCCUCUGUUCAGCAAAAGCAAGAGGUUGCACCCAUACAGUACAACAUUAUGGAGCAAAACAAAUUAAACAAAGAUUACCGAGUAAAUGACAGCAUUGCUCCAACAAUUCCAUACAACCAGUCAUACGACCAGAAUACAGGUGGAUCUUACAACAGCUCAGAUAGAGGCAGUAGCACAUCUGGGAGUCAAGGGCACAAGAAGGGUGCUCGGACUCCAAAAGCUCCCAAGCAAGCUGGCAUGAACUGGGCAGAUCUUCUUCCACCCCCUCCAGCACAUCCACCUCCCCAUAGCAAUAGUGAAGAUUACAGUCUUUCAGUGGAUGAAAGCUAUGACCAAGAAAUUCCAUGUCCAGUCCCACCUGCAAGGAUGUAUCUGCAGCAAGAUGAGCUAGAGGAAGAGGAAGAAGAUGAGCGAGGUCCUACUCCACCUGUCCGAGGAGCAGCUUCCUCUCCAGCCGCAGUCUCCUAUAGCCAUCAGUCAACUGCCACUCUCACCCCUUCUCCCCAGGAAGAACUCCAGCCCAUGUUACAGGACUGUCAGGAGGAUCUGAGUCACAUGCAACACCAACCUGAACGGAGACGUCAGCCUGUGAGUCCUCCACCCCCUCCAAGGCCUAUCUCUCCACCACAUACCUAUGGAUAUAUCUCAGGGCCCUUGGUCUCUGACAUGGAUACUGACGCACCAGAAGAGGAAGAAGAUGAGGCGGAUAUAGAGGUUGCUAAGAUGCAGAAUAGAAGACUCCUUUUGCGUGGCCUUGAGCAGACACCUGCCUCAAGUGUUGGUGAUCUGGAGAGCUCUGUAACAGGGUCCAUGAUCAAUGGCUGGGGUUCAGCUUCCGAAGAAGAUAACAUCUCAAGUGGGCGGUCUAGCGUUAGCUCUUCAGAUGGAUCAUUUUUUACUGAUGCAGAUUUUGCACAGGCCGUUGCAGCAGCUGCAGAAUAUGCUGGCUUGAAAGUAGCCAGACGUCAAAUGCAGGAAGCAGCAGGAGGCCGUAGACAUUUUCAUGCAUCACAUUGUCCCAGACCCACCAGCCCUGUGUCUACUGACAGCAACAUGAGUGCUGUUGUAAUACAGAAGGUCCGACCUGCCAAAAAGCAAAAACACCAGCCAGGACAUCUGCGCAGAGAAGUCUACACAGAUGACUUGCCACCCCCUCCUGUGCCACCUCCCGCUAUAAAAUCACCAACCGCCCAGUCCAAAUCUCAGCUGGAGGUGCGACCUGUCAUGUUACCAAAACUGGCUUCUAUAGAACCGAGGACAGACAGAUCUGCAGAAAGAAAAGGAGUGAGCUACAAGGGGAGGGACGGGGUGGAUGGGAGACAGCAUUCGGACAUGCGGACAAAUUCAGGAGAGCGGAGAGAAUCACAGGAACAGCAAGGUGAUGGGAAACUGCGAGGAAGUAAAGCACCGAAACGAGAAGGCACACCAGCAAAAACUCAUCUUCUUCAAGAGGACAUCCUGCCAUAUUCUAGACCAACGUUUCCAACAUCAAAUAAUCCCAGAGAUCCCAGCUCCUCCAGCUCUAUGUCUUCAAGAGGAUCAGGAGGGAGACAGAGGGCAGAUCAAGCAAAUAUAGCCCGAAGAAAUGUUGCAGAAAUGCAAGUUCUGGGAGCAUAUGAACAAGGAGAAGAAGAAGAAGAUGAGAUGGAGGAAACAGAAAGCUGAAGACAGCAACAUGUACUGUAACAGGCUUUUGAAAUCUAAUCA